UCAUCAUCAUCAUCCGCUUCAUUCAAUGCUUCCUUAACAUUCUGUCUUGGGAUUCUAGGCUUGUUAUGACCACUGGUUUUGUUAGAUUCAUCAUGGACAAUUUAACUUGCACAUCAAAAUAUUUCCACAUCCUCAGAGGAUUCAUCAAUGAAUCUUUCCACCUCAAUGUCUUCCUCAUCCUGAGCAUAAUAAUCACCACCAUCAUUCUCUUCGUUCUCCUCAUUAUCAUAUUUCUCCUCAUCAGCCUCAUUCCCUUCAUUCUCUUAACAGUCCUUAUCAUUAUCAACUACAUUAACAUCUGGCCUAUCAACCUCAAAUUCAUCAAAACCAUUAUCAUCACUAUCUAUAUAUUCAUUUCCAUCUGCAUGGUAAUCAACUUCAUUAAUUGAAUCAGCAACUAUAUUGUCAGCUGCCUUUUCUCCAUGACCAGCCAUGACAGCACCUCCCAGCGAAGCUAACACCCUCACAAUGUAUUACCUAACUCUGUUGUCAAGGAUAAACUAUUUCCUACUUGUGUCUGUGUGUGUCAUUCUGCGUCCAAAUUAGGGUAGGUAGAAAAUUAAAACAUGUUCUUAAUCAGAUCUUCAAUUAUUAUAAUUUUCCAAUUUGGUCCACUGUCCACCAUUUUAAAAUUAUAGCAGAUGUUUUUAGGAAAAAAAUGUUAAACUGUACUUAACCUAGUGAUGUUUUAUCGUAUAAAAUAUGCAUCCUAAAUGCAAUUUAUUAAUGGAUUUAAAACAUGGUACUCAACCAAGAAAUUCCAAUAGGUGAGAGACCCAAAUGAAUAAAUGUUUAGUUUAAGGACCAAAUAUAAGGUUUCCCUACUUUCAAAUAACCUGUAACCAAUGACAAAACAGAGUCACCUCUUCCCCCCUUUUAAGUUUUAACUGUCUCUGUCCCUCUCUCUCUCUGUCGAAGGAGCUGCCUAAUUGAAUUGGAAAAACAGAAACAAGAAUACAAAGGCUGAGGCUAAUUCAUCUUCCAUCAAAACAAGAAUGUGAAUGUGGGAAUGUGCAAGUAUAAGGAACCGAGAAGUUGAAUGAAGACACUCGUACUUGUUUUGUAAUGUGUUCCUUUGAUUUUUAUUUGGGUUUUGUAGUUGGUUGGAUAGUGAAAAAUCACCAGACAAGGUAAAAUGGGAGAUUCCGGGGAUAGUGUGAAGCAAGAGAAGAAAGUGGUAUUUGUAACUGUAGGAACUACAUUGUUUGAUGCUCUAGUGAGAACAGUGGAUACUAAGGAAGUCAAACAAGAGUUAUUAAGAAAAGGGUAUACCGACCUUGUUAUUCAAAUGGGUCGAGGAUCCUACACUCCUACUAAGUGUGAUGGAGGACAUGGAUCUCUGGCUGUUGAUUACUUCACUUUUUCUCCAAGCAUUGCAGACCAUCUGAGAUCAGCAUCUCUUGUCAUCAGCCAUGCAGGGUCUGGGAGCGUAUUUGAAACUCUGCAGCUUGGUAAACCUCUAAUUGUAGUGGUAAAUGAAGAUUUGAUGGACAAUCAUCAAAGUGAACUUGCAGAAGAACUAGCAGAGAGGAAGCAUUUAUAUUGUGCUCAUCCUCAAACGCUUCAUCAGACAAUAUCUGAUAUGAAUGUGGAGUCCCUCCUUCCGUACCCAUCAGGUGAUGCCACACCGCUUGCCAAGCUUAUGAACACGUUUCUUGGUUUCCCAGACGACUGAUGAAACUGUAAAAUCUUGUAACUGAAGUGGAUAACUGUAACUAUGCACCCGCCAAUAGAAGCAUUGCCAGGCUAUUGAGUUGCCUGUUUUGGCUAGGCAUAAAGCAUUGUCGUAGGACAUGUCUAGCUUUCCUACAAAAAUGGGAAUCCGGUUGGUUUUGCUUACAAGUUAAUGUACUGAUAUUUACUUUCAUGUCACAUUGUAUAACAGUUUUGUUUAAUGGAAUGGCAAACAUGUGGAAAUUUAUACGGCUA